GGGCCGCCUCCCGGCAUGAGGAGCUGCAAGAUGGUGCGGGUGGCCAGCGUGCUGGGGCUGGUGAUGCUCAGCAUCGCGCUGCUCAUCCUCUCCCUCAUCAGCUACGUCUCUCUCAAGAAGGACAACAUCUUCGGCGCGCCCCGUGGCGCCGGCCCGGGGGGACCCCGCAUGUACAUGUUCCACGCGGGAUUCAGGUCCCAAUUCGCGCUGAAGUUCCUGGACCCCUCGUUCGUCCCCAUUACAAAUUCGCUGGGCCAUGAGCUGCAGGAGAAGCCCUCCAAGUGGGUGUUCAACCGGACAGCGUUUGCGCAGCAGAGGCAAGAAAUUCUUCAGCACGUCGAUGUCAUAAAAAAUUUUUCUUUGACCAAGAAUAGUGUUCGGAUUGGACAGCUGAUGCAUUAUGAUUAUUCCAGUCAUAAGUAUGUUUUUUCUAUAAGCAAUAACUUCAGAUCACUGCUUCCGGAUGUGUCACCGAUCCUGAAUAAACAUUACAACGUUUGUGCCGUGGUUGGUAACAGUGGAAUCCUGACUGGGAGUCAGUGUGGGCAAGAAAUAGAUAAGUCUGAUUUCGUUUUUCGCUGCAACUUUGCUCCAACUGAAGCAUUCCAAAAAGAUGUUGGAAGGAAAACCAAUCUCACAACCUUCAACCCCAGCAUCCUGGAAAAGUAUUACAACAAUCUUCUGACCAUUCAGGAUCGCAACAACUUCUUUUUGAGCUUAAAAAAGCUUGAUGGGGCCAUUCUUUGGAUCCCCGCUUUCUUCUUCCACACGUCAGCAACGGUCACAAGAACACUGGUUGACUUCUUUGUAGAGCAUCGAGGCCAACUAAAGGUCCAGUUGGCUUGGCCAGGAAAUAUAAUGCAGCACGUUAACAGAUACUGGAAAAACAAACACUUGUCACCCAAGCGGCUGAGCACAGGUAUUCUCAUGUAUACCCUUGCUUCUGCCAUAUGUGAAGAGAUUCACUUGUAUGGAUUCUGGCCCUUCGGGUUUGACCCCAACACAAGGGAGGACCUCCCGUACCACUACUAUGACAAGAAAGGAACCAAGUUCACCACCAAGUGGCAAGAGUCCCACCAGCUGCCUGCAGAGUUCCAGCUGCUCUACAGGAUGCACGGUGAAGGACUGGCCAAACUGACCUUGUCGCAUUGUGCCUAAGAACCUAAAUCUUGAAGUGCCAAAUGAUUGUCUAAAAAGUGCCCAAAUCUGA